AUGCAAGAAGGGAGCCAGAUCAAAGUCGGUGUCUUAGGAGCCACGGGGACGGUGGGCCAGCGAUUUCUUACCCUGUUAUCAUCGCACCCAUGGUUCACCAUUGAUGCCAUUGGGGCAUCGUCGCGGUCGGCGAAUCAAAAGUAUUACAAGGUUGUAAAGUGGAAGCAGACCACCCCCAUUCCUGCGGGGGUGAGGGACAUGAUCGUCAAGGAGUGCCUUCCGGCAAACUUUUCCGAUUGUGACAUUGUUUUCUCCGGCUUGGAUGCGGACGUGGCGGGGGACAUCGAGGCCGACUUCCGUUCCGCCGAGAUAGCAGUAUUUUCGAAUGCUAAAAAUUACCGACGGGAUCCUCAUGUCCCCCUCAUCGUACCUCUCGUAAACCCCUCUCAUCUUGCCAUCAUCCCCCAACAAAGAUCACUCCAUACCCCACCCCUCAGCAAAGGCUUCAUCGUCACUAACGCAAAUUGUUCUACCACUGGUUAUGUGGUGCCACUUGCAGCUCUGGAAAAGGCUUUCGGGCCCAUCGAAGCGUGUAUGGUCACUACAAUGCAAGCCAUCUCAGGAGCUGGAUAUCCAGGCCUGCCCUCGAUGGACAUCAUAGACAACGUGGUGCCGUAUAUCAGCGGUGAAGAGGAGAAGAUGGAAUGGGAGACACUUAAGAUUCUUGGAGGCAUCACGGAUUCCGAUGGUGGUCUGAAAGCUUUUGAUAUGCACGCUCGCCACCCGUUGCGCGUCUCUGCUUCGUGCAAUCGCGUGCCAGUAAUCGAUGGCCACACUGAGUGUGUAUCCAUACGGUUCGCCAAACGACCACCACCCAGCCCCCAGCAAGUCCGUGAGGCCUUGGUUGCCUUCACGCCGGACGCUCAAGCCCUCGGGUGCCCAUCGGCACCUCGCCACGCCAUCGUUGUUCACGAGGAGCCUGAUCGGCCGCAGCCGCGGCUGGACAGGUAUUACCAAGACGGCUCUGGCGUUCAUGUUGGACGCGUGCGGCAAUGCCAGGUACUGGACAUCAAGUUUGUGCUGUUGGCCAAUAAUGUAUCCAUCGGCGCAGCGACGAGUAGUAUCAUCAAUGCGGAGCUGGCCGUCAUAAAGGGUGUUAUCAAUCCGACAGCGGGAAGCACAUAA